CGGAAAUAGAUUCGACGCUGAAGAGACGCUUGCGAAAAUGAACUCUUGAUAGCUGUCAAGAUUACUACUUAAAAAUAUCUCAACGGCACACAGGGAACAGUGAAUACAUUAUCGAUAGCCUCGACAUACACAAUAAGCUAGGUCUGAUAUCUGUGUCAUAUUGAAUCUGUGUAGUGAUGGAGGGUCAGGAUAAUGCAGAUCAGGGUGGCAGUGAUCAAUCUGAAAUGCAGAGGAGGAGACAGCUGGACCGUCUUGACAGAGAGGAGGCUUUUUACCAGUUUGUCAACAAUCUAAGUGAAGAGGACUACAGGCUCAUGAGAGACAACAAUCUGCUCGGCACCCCCGGUGAAAUUACUGCAGAUGAACUGUUGAACCGCCUUCGCCAAAUCAAAGACGGCCCUGAGCCGCCCAGCAGUGACACGACUGAGGAAAGACAGGAAGGGCCUCCUGAGACGGAGUCAGAGGGCACAGAGGAAAACUCCAAUGAGGAGACCCUUCUUGACUGGCUCAACACUGUUCGGCAGACGGGUAACACAACAAGGAGCGGUAACCGGGGUAACCAAUCAUGGCGGGCUGUAAGCCAAACCAAUCCCAACAGUGGAGAUUUCCGCUUCAGUUUGGAGAUCAACGUCAAUCGUAACUUAGCCGAGCAGCAAACGCAGACAGAGAGGUCGGAAGAGGGACAAGAAAGACCAGAGGGCCAAGAAACACCAGAUGGCCCCACGUCUGAGCCCGAAGUUCCUAUGGAGACAGCAGAGGUGGUUGAAGACCCGGUGGUGGAGGAGGUGGCUGUUAUAGUAGAGCCAGAGGUGCAAGCUCCCAGCGCCCCAUCUCUAAGCAGCGAAGCGAUUGCCCAAGAUCCACCAGUUUCAACUCCUCCAACCUUGACUCCAGUAGAACAACCACGUAGAGGUCAAAUAAGGGCUCGCAGCAGAAGCCCAGAGCAACGACGGACAAGGGCUCGCACCGCAAGAGGUCGAUCACCUCUUAACCUUGAAAGAUUAGAUGGACUCGCACCUAUUCAGCAUGGCCUACCUCCUCAUAAUCCCGAGACCCUUCCUGAGCCCCAGGUGGAGGGCAGCUCGAGAACUCGUCAACUGUUUUUGCCCAGGCAAAGCACCGUGGGAGCUGAGACUCAAGAACCGGGAGCAGCCCCUGAGGCGCCUGAAGCGCCGCAGGAUAGAGAGACACCUGCCGGAGAAGCAGGAGCUUCAGGUCGACGACCACCGACCAUAAUGCUGGAUUUACAGGUACGCAGGGUGCGACCCGGAGAGUAUCGCCAGAGGGACAGCAUCGCUAACCGCACGAGGUCUCGCUCGCAGACUUCCAAUAAUACUUUAUUGUACGAGACAGAGCGUGGGGGUUUCCGUCGGACCUUUUCGCGUUCUGAACGAGCCGGAGUGAGAACGUACGUAAGCACCAUCCGCAUUCCCAUUCGUAGGAUCUCGGACGCCGGACUGGGGGAAGCCACUUCCCUGGCUCUGCAGUCCAUGAUUCGGCAGAUCAUGAAUGGAUUUGGUGAACUCAGUUACUUUAUGGACUCCGACUAUUCUGACUCCAACCGUGAAGACAGCCCACCGGCGGACCUCGUCGAUGCACUAGGUAACCCCGAUGUUUCAACCGUACCUGCUUCUUCUGAAGCGGAUUCUUUAGUUUCUGGGGCCGAAGCGCCCAACCAGGGUGGUUUAGAGGCACGGACAGAGGAGAGGGAGGCGGAAGGUGGAGUGCCCGGUGGUGCCGCAACUCCUCGGGAGAACCGGGCCAGGCCACGGGCUCCCAUUAGUCUAGAUGAGACUACGUCUCUGCCGUUUCUGCGACUCGCGCACUUCUUCUUACUCAACGAGGAAGAUGACGACCAGCCACGAGGCCUCACCAAAGAGCAGAUCGAUAACCUGUCAAUGCGAAACUUUGGGGAGAGCGAUGCGCUCAAAACCUGCAGCGUCUGCAUUACGGAGUAUGCCGAAGGCAACAAGUUGCGAAAGCUGCCCUGUUCUCACGAGUACCAUGUGCACUGUAUUGAUCGCUGGCUUUCAGAGAACUCAACGUGCCCUAUCUGUCGCAGGGCGGUCCUUGUUUCCAGCAACCGAGAGAGUGUUGUCUAGCCGAAAUCGGUUCUGUGGCACUCCAGUGUAUUUCAUGCCUCUUUUUCUUAGUACGUAGUCAAGCAAGGACUUUUAUUCAUACUAUAUGAAGCCAUCAUUAGGUUUUACCGUAUUUAAUGGGGUUAGCCAGAAAGAAGUUUGUUUCCAAACUAUAGAUCAGUGUAUUUUGACCCAUAUCAAAACGGAGGAGGUUACGGUGCAAUAUGCAGCUGAUGUAGACUGUGCUAUAAGCCCUGAUUAUUCACUCGUGCUGAGGAUCAACAUUGUUAUUUAACUUGUAAUGAGGGGCAAUGUACAAUUAGGAGAGGUACCUUUGAGAGGUACGUGCAGUUACAUACAAUAAAUAUGAAGCGAUGUUAAGCAAGCACCCAUAUUAGAUUUCAACGUUUAUUUUUUUGUUUGUUUUGUUUUGCAAUAAAAGUCAAAUUAAUAACACUGCAGACCAGGUCAGUUCAAUUUUCACUUGACAAUUGGAACGUCAUAUUCCUAAAAUCCAGUCUUUGCAGAGUCUUAAAUAUUUGUGGUUUCAUACAGUGUUUGUUUUUGUUAUAGUCCAUGUACCAGUUGCACCAUUGUCAUAAAUGUCUAAGCACAGUAGGACAUUUCAAACAGUAUUUCCAAAUGAAUUUGUUAUCUUUUAUGGAAAAAUUGUAAUUUGGCAUUUUAAAAUCAUACGGUCAGACACCUAUUAACUGGGAAAGGCUGUAAAUAUGCUAUAGGAAUGCUUCAGGUUGUGUUAUUCCCGUCUUCCCACACUUGACUAUCAGAUGGCGGAUUCAAACUUAUUUCAUAUACAAAAAAUACAACAACUAUGGCUACAUAUAGGCAACGUUGUGCAAUGCUAAUAGGGGAAAAUGUAAAGAACAUUUUGACAUUGACUUGUAUGUUGUAGUCUGUAAAUAUUAACAAUUAAAAUGAAGACUUUAACCUAAGUUUUUCUAACAGUUCUGUACAUUGAAAAUAACUUCAUUUAUCUUACUUUAAUGAGGAGGAAAUUCACAUUUUCUCAUUAUAUAAUGGUUGGUUCAUCUGGGCGCUAAAGGGGUAGUUCACCCAGAAAUGAUAGUAUUUUUUGGUAAACUAUUCCUCAAGGUUCUUUAAUCCCAUGAGGGUACAAAAAUGCAGUGUUAUUAUUUAGAAACAAUAUGUUAACUGAUGUCAUUGUUUCUGUGUUGACUUUGAAGCCUCAUAGCCCCAACCACGAGUUGUGUCAGAAUUUCACACAAACUCUUGUCAAAAUGCACAUAACUGUUUAGUUCUGAGUUCCUGUAUUAUAGAAUUGAAGAUUUUCAGCGUCAUAUUUAUGGGAUAUUUUUGAGUCAUUUUUGACUGGCUUCCAAUUUACGAUGUUUAAAAUGAAUAAAAUUAUUUCCUCACCUGACCAUUUUUCUGUGGCCUCACCGGCGGUGUCCCAUCAAAUAUAUUUUUUUGCAAUACCUAUUGCUCUUGAACAACUCAAGAAUAUGCUGUGAAUUUUUUUGACAGAUUUUUUGCAUUUAUCCCAGGAUAAUGUUUUGAAGUCUGGUUAAAGGUUUGUGCUUUGAAGAAUAAUGAUAUAAUAAUUUUGCAGAAAUAUUCUUUUGGAUUGGAUGACUUGAGGUUUGAUUGUAUCACAUCACUGCUUUGUGCACAGAUGUUGCAAACUUUCUGCAGUUUGCUGGACUGAGUGAUGGCUACAACUUAAUGAUCAAUCUGUUCUGGCGUACGCCAUAAUGUCAUUUGUAUAUUACAAUAAAAAAUUGUACGGCAACAAAAUGGAAUAGUUUGUUGAUAUAAAAGAUGCUGUGAUUAUUAUUUAUUACAGUGUGAGUCAUGGAUUAGGGAACAACAUGUUGCUGUAAGACCUCAUGAAAUGGUACGAUGUACCCAUUGUAAUUAGCAUUUCUGUAAGUUUACAUCAGGUGGUAUUUGGGUAAAGCGCAUUCUGUUGAACCAAAAAUGAUAUACCCUAGUUGUCCUUUAGAAACUUGUGUACUGACAUACAACCCUUUAAGAAAAUUAUAUUGAUUAUAAUAUUAUAUUUUUUGCUUUUUCUAGUGCCAUGGGGCCAUGACAACAACAACAACAACAAAAAAACAUUUGUUGUUUGUCUUAUUGACCCUAAACUUGAGCUGAUCAUUUAGGGUCAAUAUAGUGUAAAAACAUAAAAAGUAUUGGACGUAAAACUUUUACUAUAACACAGUUAUCUUCUUGACAAAACUCAGUAACUCAGUGUCAGUAAUAUUUCACAAAAAAACAUUCAUAUUGGUUUUGUAAAACUUUUUUUAGUUUUACAUUUUUGGAUAAUCCAGGUGUAGAUGGGUCGCCAUUUUUUACAUUUUAUAAAAUAUAAAUUUAUCAUAAGUUCUGUUUAUUAAAACUUUAAAAAAAAACAAGCAAACAACAGAUCUACUUUGUAUAAUUUAUUAUGUUUUAGUUUAAUUAAAAUUCUUUAAAUGUUUGGUUUGGGCAAUUCAACGCAAAGUUUGUAACCAUACUGAUAUCUAGAGACUUUGCAUGGGUAUUUAAACCACAAAAUAUUAACAUCUAGUUUUUAAAGCAUUUUUUGUUACGUAAGUGCAAAUUUCAGAAAUGUUAGGUCCAUGAUGUUGUUUUUCCUCAUGAAUGCCCAUACAAAAUUAAAAUUAUUCAUUUUCCAUUUGUUGGGUAUUAUUGAUUCUUGUUUGUGCAUUUUAAUUCACAGAAUUCUUACAAAUAAUCUUGUCUCACAAAAACUUGUGUCCUUUUUUUAUUGGUCAUCAUGUCUAUAACACAU